AAUCCAAGUAUAUCAGCAAUUCAAGGCUCAAGCCAAAUCAUCACCUAAUCAAAGCCCAAUUCACAAUGGCCGAUACCUCCACCAUCGCCGGCGGGGACAUCCCGCCCGCAUCACAAACACAAGCCGAAGUCCAAGACCAAACAACAAAAUCAUCAAGCGACUCACAACAACCCUCAAUUUCCCUCGAAAAAGAAACCCUCUCCUUCACUCCUUCCCUCUCAACAUCCAUUCUCCUACCCCUCACCCCCACCACCUCAUCCGCCCUCGCGCUCGCCCACGUCCAACGCGUGUGGGACUCCAUCCGUCCCAACUCCGCCAUCUACAACCUUCUUCUGUCCGACAUCGUCCUCGUAGCCGCCGUCUCCCACCCCACUGGCCGGAUCCUCGCCCACUUGACUUUGAAACCAAUCCACCUCAACAGCAAGCGCAUCCUGCACGGUGCCGUCAGCGGGACGUUGUGCGAUUGGGCGGGUGGGAUGGCUAUUGCUGCCAGCAUUGCUGGCGAUGAACUCAAAGUGGGGGAAGGGGAGCAGGACAGACAGAUGACGACGGGCGUGAGCACAGAUAUGCAUUUGAGUUAUUGUUCGACGGCUAGGGAGGGAGACACGUUGGAGGUGGAGGCGUGGGUUAGUAGGCGCGGGAGGAAGUUGGGGUUUACGGGAUUGGAGAUUAGGAAAAGAGUGGAUGGGUGGGAGAAGGGGGAGAAGGGGGAGGUGGUUGUGGUGGGAAGUCAUACCAAGUAUUUGCCUUUUGGGCAGAAGCCAAGAGAGGCAAAGGAGUGAGAAAUCGAGGCAGAAAAAGACGAGGGGGGCGAUAUGUGAGAGGGACGUUGCUGUGGAAGGCUUAUUAUAGGUGGGAUAUGGGUGAGUCUCUCCAGAAAGAAAGCAUGGGAAUCAAACUUGAGAUACCAGUUGCAGUUUUAGGUCUGGUCGAAG